UCAGAGCCUGCAUCUAUCGAUUUCGUGCGAAGGCAUACUAAAAUUCCUGUUCCCACUGUCUGGUGCACGGUUCCUUUUGCUGGGUCAAGGUGGAUGGUUCUUAGCAGAAUUAAAGGAGAAGCUAUGUACCUGCGAGGCUGGGAUGAUCUUGAUAGGGAUUCGCAAGACAAAAUCAUCAUACAGUUACGGGACAUGGUUUCCCAGCUGCGCGACAUCGAACCUCCUGUCGGACCCGAGAUAUGUUCUAUCCUUGGUGGCCCCGUUGCCGACUUGCGCUUGUGCACGGAUGAGCCUCUCUUCUAUGUUGACGAACAGCAAAUGAAUUUCCAGCUCCGGCGUGGGCGAUCCCUCAGUACCGGGUGCAAAGACUUGCCCUAUUACGCAGAUCUCGUGGCGUCGCAUGCAAUUCGCCAUCCCAUUGUGUUCACUCACGGAGAUAUUGCAUUUCGCAACAUCAUGGUGGAAGGUGCAACUAUCACCGCCCUGAUUGAUUGGGAGUGUGCAGGUUGGUUUCCCGCUCACUGGGAAUAC